GGGAACUUUGUGACUAUGAAACUUAGGAAUAAUUGCAAAAUAUAGUAAAAAAUUACCAAAAAUCCCUCGUGAAUCAUUAACCUGCCCCUUGGGUGUGAGGUUUUUAGUUUAGUUUGCCCGGAAAGGGCUUCUACACUCACUAUUCUUACACUUUUUUUUGUAAAGAAUGUGUGAGACAGACAGUUAGCCAGCUAGCCAGCCAGCUAGCUAGCUGAGAGAGGUGAUACAGGCGGCAGGAGAACAAAAGAUUUUUUUUUUUUUUUUUUGGCGUUUUGGCCGCUCGUACUGACACCAAGUCCAUGCAGAACGUGUCGUUACCACCACAAUGCCCGUUUUACUUUUUCUGAUAGACACGUCCGCUUCAAUGAACCAGCGCACCCAUCUGGGCACUACCUAUCUGGACGUAGCAAAAGGCGCUGUUGAGACUUUUAUGAAGCUCAGAGGCAGGGACCCGGCCAGCCGAGGGGACCGGUACAUGUUGGUAAAUUUUGAAGACGUUCCGCUCGGGAUAAAGGCCGGAUGGAAGGAGAGCCACGCCACUUUCAUGACAGAGCUGAGGAACCUCCAAGCAACCGGGCUCACAGCUAUUGGACACUCCUUGAGGACCGCUUUUGAUUUACUCAAUCUCAAUAGAUUAGUGACUGGGAUAGACAACUAUGGACAGGGAAGGAACCCCUUUUUCCUCGAGCCCGCCAUCAUCAUCGCCAUCACCGACGGCAACAAGUUGACCGGCAGCAGUGGAGUCCAAGACGAGCUCCAUCUCCCUCUGACCACCCCGCUGCCAGGUAGCGAGCUGACCAAGGAGCCCUUCCGCUGGGACCAGCGUCUGUUCUCCCUGGUGCUACGCAUCCCCGGCAACGCGUCGGUAGAGCCCGAACCCCUCGGAGGCGUACCGCCCGACGACUCGCCCAUCACCCCCAUGUGUGAGGUCACCGGAGGUCGCUCGUACAGCGUGUUCUCACAGCGUAUGUUGAAUCAGUGUUUGGAGUCUCUGGUGCAGAAGAUCCAGAGCGGAGUGGUGAUAAACUUUGAGAAGACGGGGCCCGACCCUCCUCCACUUGAGGACGCUCCAGCUGAGACAGUGAAAUCCGGUCUGCAGCCUUGGCAUUGCUGUCACAAGCUCAUCUAUGUACGACCCAACCCUAAAACCGGUGUUCCUAUCGGUCACUGGCCCAUCCCGGAGGCCUUCUGGCCGGACCAGAACUCCCCCACACUGCCCCCCCGCUCAGCCCACCCCCACGUACGUUUCUCCUGUCUGGACGCGGAGCCCAUGGUGAUAGACAAGGUGCCCUUUGACAAAUAUGAGCUGGAGCCGUCGCCUCUAACACAGUACAUUUUGGAGAGGAAGUCUCCGCACACCUGCUGGCAGGUGUUUGUGUGUAAUAGUGCCAAGUACAGUGACCUGGGCCAACCCUUUGGCUACCUGAAGGCCAGCACGGCUCUGAACUGUGUCAACCUGUUUGUGAUGCCCUACAACUACCCCGUGCUUCUGCCACUUCUGGACGACUUGAUUAAAGUGCACAAGUUCAAGCCUACCAUCAAGUGGCGGCAGUCCUUUGAGAACUACCUGAAGACCAUGCCUCCAUAUUAUAUCGGGUCCUUAAGGAAGGCUCUGAGAAUCAUGGGAGCGCCAAACCUUUUAGCAGAUAACAUGGAGUAUGGCCUGAGCUACAGCGUGGUCUCCUACCUGAAGAAGCUCAGCCAGCAGACAAAAAUCGAAUACGACCGCCUGAUCGCCUCCAUCGGGAAGAAGCCCACACCAGACGCCGGCAUCAAGGUGCGUUGGCGAGGUGGAGGCAUAUCUCUGGCCCAGCGUAGGGACUUCAUCCAGCAGCUGCAGAGUCUUACAGGAGAUGCUCCAAGUCUACCCCUGGAACUCAACCCCAAAGAGUUCCAAGGCUUUCACCUGGCACUACUCAACAAGGGUCUGAAGCCGCAGAGCUUUCGGAAUCCUUACGACAUCCCUCGCAGCCACCUGCUGGACCAGCUCAGCCGCAUGAGGAGGAACCUGCUCAACACCAGCGUCUGUAAUCUCAGAGGACAGGACUCAGACCAGCUCCACAGCGUGCCAAUAGCCCAGAUGGGCAACUACCAGGACUUCCUCAAAGCUGCUCCUCAGCCUCUUCGAGACGCCGACCCUGAGCAGCCCAAGCGCCUGCACACAUUCGGCAACCCCUUCAAACUAGACAAGAAGGGUAUGAUGAUCGACGAGGCGGAUGAGUUUGUGACGGGCCCUCAGAACAAAGGCAAGAGACCAGGAGACAGCAGCAACAUGCCAGGCGGAGGGCCCAAGAGGCGCCGCUGCAUGUCACCUCUGCUGCGCCUGGGCCGGGCCUACACCCCCCCUGUGACCCCUCCUGCCAGCCCUCGACCCACAGCAGACAUGGAGGACGGAGCCCCGGAACCAGAACUGAUUAUCAACCACCUCAAUCAGAACCACUACAGUUCAGACGGGAGCUCGGAUUCAGAGGGGGAUCAUCCGUCAGGACCCGCCGACCACCAGGAGAACCACACGGAGGCAGACCCCCAGGACUUGCUGCACGGGGACGGGGACGGGGAUGGGGAUGUGGACGAGGAGGAGGAGGAGAACGGGCAGCCCCAGGUCGAGGAGCUGCCGCCGAGCAUGGAGGGAGGAGCAGAGAUGGUGCUGGUGGACGAUCAGCAGCAUCGAUACCUGACGCCCGCCGCUCUCAAGAAGCACAUUCACAACGAGACGGUGAAGGUCAACAACGAGCUGAGGGCGCUCAUCACCAAGGAGAUCAGGAAACCCGGCAGACACUAUGAGAAGAUCUUCUACUUCCUGAAGCAGAUCCAGGGCACUUUGGACACCAGGCUCAUCUUCCUCCAAAACAUCAUCAAAGAGGCAGCCAGGUUCAAGAAGCGCGUUCUCAUCGAGCAGCUGGAGAACUUCCUAGAAGAGAUCCACAACAGAUCCAAUAACAUGAACCACGUGGACACGCUCUGAGACCGGCUCACCUCCCCUCCCCCAUCCCAAAAUCCCAAUCUGAAUUUACAGAUGUUGAACCUGACAACCCUCCAUCCCUUUACCCCCCACCUUUCCCUCCUCCUCCUCCUCUUGCACAGGGUCACCACGGAGACGAGAAAGGACAGGCAUCCAGCUCUCAAACCAUCGGCUCUUCAGUGGACUCUUUAUGUUCUCAACAUCAAUAACGUUUAUGUUGGUUUCCAUGCCGUCUUUAUUAGAAGCUAAAGGCGGUGUGGAGCCCAGAUGAUGCAGAUUAGUAGAAGCGUUUGUCUUUGCUACAGGUGAAUGUUUUGCCUAUGCAACAAGGUUUAAAGCCUGUAGAACAUCUGUGAGUGUCCUUACCCUCGAUUACUCUCCUCCUAAACGAGAGCGCAUACUCUCUCAAACAGGGAGGAGCAGUAAACGAGGACACGGCAGGACUUUCCAGAUGUGAUCAGUCAUGUUUUUAUCUGUGAUGGAGCAAUGGCGUAGGCAGGGUUCAGGUCGUGUAUGUGGACGUGUGUGCGUGCGCGUUUUCAGCCAACUCAGGGUCACACAGGAUCCAGCGGAGACGCUCAUCAACACUUCUCUUCCCACAUGCCUUCUCAUGCAGUCACCCCCUCCCUUCCCUUUGUGUUUGGUCUUAAGUUAAGGUUUUUUUGUGUGGUGGGAGGAUGGGAGUCUGUCUUGUCUGUUUUUUGACUGUCUAUUUACUUUCUACACUCCACUAACAGAAGCACUCCAACGCUGUGCUCAUAAAUGAGUAAGACUUGGCUCAAAUAUUGAAUUUGUCGACUUACGGUUUUACCUCCCAGACUAACCGUUAAUUUAAUUGAGCUGUAAGUCAAGAGUGACAAAUAUUUGUUCUCUCUGAGGGGAAAAAAAAAUCCACGUUAAACUUAACAAGUUAUUUUUUCUUCUUCUUUCCAGGGAGCUCAAUACAAAGUCGAUCAUUUUUGAAUGAUGCAAAAUUAUUGGUUACAAAUGUUGAAAUACAGGGACAAAAAAAAAAAAGCUCAGGAAGUGACACUAAUGCAUCACGAUCAGCAAUAACAUCAGAGCCACUUUUACUCAUUUUUCUCAUUUUAUUUGAACAUGAAACAGCUGAUAUGUAACACAAACUCGUUCCCUCUGGAGUGCUGAUGAACAGAGGUUUCGGAUGCCAGCUUGUCCCAACGUGCUGGUCGCUGCCAAAUAACUUAAACCCGCCCUUAAACUCCUCUCUCCCCCCGCCAUUGAAUCUCAAACCAACUCUUUGUCACUUUGAACCCGUGAAUGAAUGCACUUGUGUACAUUUGAGAAGUCUUAUUUAAUGUAACUUAAAAAAGGAAAAACCUUGCUGCAAUUUUUUUGUUUUUGCUAACAAUCUUCAUUCUUCUUUUUUUUUUUUUUGGUUCAAUUUUCUCAAAUAUACACAAAUAAUCAGAAUUAAGGUGUAGAGGUCAAGAGUUGAUUUCGGAUUCAGGGGGCAGCCCUCUUCCGUUCCCUCCCUCCUUGGACAGGGACCAAAAUCUGCCAUACUUGUCUUUUUUUGUUUGUGAAGAGGCCGCUACCAAAAGAGUAUUUUGAAUACACUGUAAAGUUGUAAAUAACCCUAGAUUACUAUUUAAAGAGAAUGUUCAGUUGAAAAAAAAUGGCCUUUUUGUAAGUAUUUCCAUGAAUAAAGUUUCUAUUUUACACUGUGAAGGGCCAUGUAA